AUGUUAGCUGGUGAUGUGAGGGGUGGGGAGCUGGUGGCUGUACUGCGUGGGGCAAACGCUCCCAUGCUUCAGAGGAUGAUUGUGGAGGAGCUAGCCAAAGAGAAGCUGGUCCUGGAGCAAGGUGGUGAACGCAAAGUGGUGAAAGAUAAUGGUCUGACAGAUGAGGAGAACAAAGAAGAGGAGGAGUUGCCACAACAUUUGGAAAAUGAAGAAAGUGUAAUUGUCCCUGCCAGUAAAUCCUACACAGUUGCCAUCAUUAAACCAGACGCCGUUGCUCACGGCAAGGCAAAUGAGAUUAUUAUGAAGAUUCAGGAUGCUGGCUUUGAGAUCCUGGCGCAUGAGGAACGCACGCUAACGGAGGCUGAAGCUCGAGAUUUUUACCAACACAAAGCAGCAGAGGCGUGCUUUGAGGAUUUGGUGCAGUUUAUGUCCAGUGGUCCCUUCCAUAUUCUAGUACUCUCUCAGGUAGAGGGAUCUGCAGCCGUUGUACCGGCAUGGCGUGAGUUUAUUGGCCCAGCAGACAUAGAAGAAGCCAAGAGAGAAAAUCCAGAAAGCUUGCGGGCACAAUACGGCACAGAGACACUGUUCAACGCAGUGCACGGUAGUGAGGACAGCGACCAGGCCAGCAGGGAACUCGCCUUCUUCUUCCCCAACUUUCGGACGGCCUCGGUAAUGGAGCAGGAUGGGGAGGAAGAGCAUGUGGAGAGGACACUGGCUCUCAUCCGCCCCGACGUUGCCAGGGAGAACAGAGAAGAGAUCUUAGAUCACAUCCACAAGUCUGGCUUUAUAAUAGCGCUUCAAAAAGAGGUGAUGCUGUCAGAGGAGCAGGUCAGACAGUUUUACUGUCAACAUGUUGAGGAGGACUACUUCCCUGCACUGCUCCAAACCAUGACCAGUGGGCCAGUGCUGGCUUUGGCUCUUGCCAGAAAAGGGGCUGUAAGUCAUUGGAAAACCAUCCUCGGUCCUUCUGACAUCAAUAAAGCCAAAGAGGAGAGUCCAGACUGUCUAAGGGCCCAGUUUGCAGUGGAAAAUAAGCCUAUCAACCAGCUCCAUGGCAGUGGAAGCCGCGAAGAGGCAGAGCAAGAGAUCAGCUUCUUCUUCCCUAAACAACAGACUGUGGCAGUGAUCAAGCCAGAUGCAAUGGAGGAACACAGAGAGGCUAUUUUGGAGGAGAUUCGUGGCCGAGGUUUCUCUGUAACAAGGCUAAAGGAGACCGUGCUGUCAAGGGAGAUGGCUGAGGAGUUUUACAAAGAGCACAGAGAGAAGCCUUUCUUUAACCAGCUGGUGGAGUUCAUGUGUCGGGGACCCUGUAUGAUGCUUGUCCUCACUAAGGAAAAUGCGGUGGAGGAGUGGAGGGCCAUGAUGGGUCCCACAGACCCGAACAAGGCAAAGGAAGCGUCCCCGGAGUCUCUGAGGGCUCGCUUUGCUGCAGACAUCCUCCAUAACUCAGUUCAUGGUUCUUCCAACGAGCAGCACGCGGAGGAAAAGAUCCGUUUUAUCUUCGGUGACAUCAGCACAGAUGCGGAGCUCACCAGUGACGAUCCCAUUUCAGAUGACCCACAAACAGGAGGAAGCAUCGAUCCAGAGCACUCAAACUGAAUCAUCACACCUUGUGUUUUCUCUUCUAUUAUAAGCUUAAUGUGUAAAAUCGUGGGAACAACAGAGCGCCUGCCAUUCUAUGAAUCAUGAAAUAAACAAGACAAAUAUAUAUCA